AUGUUUAUUAAUAGACUUAAUCCAGAAUUAUUUGUAACCAUAUUACUUUUAAUUUCUAAUAUAUUAGAAAAAGAAUAUACUAGAACAAAAGUAUUAAAAAGUGCUUAUAAAAAAGAGACCACUUAUACUACUUCUUCUGACCAGUCUAUUGUACCUUCACUACAUCAAAUACUUAAUUCUGUGAAUAGUUCAAAUACUAAUGGAUUCGUUUUAAACGAAUCUGGUUGA